AUGAAAGAAUUGAAUGUCAGGUUUGAAAGCAGCAUCAGCAUGCUGGUUUCAUCUGCUGUUCCAGAAGGAAAAGGUGUUUCUUCUUCUGCAUCUGUGGAGGUAGCUACCAUGUCAGCUAUUGCUAAUGCUCAUGGAUUAAAUAUCAGUCCAAGAGAGCUUGCUUUACUCUGCCAAAAGGUGGAAAAUUAUGUGGUUGGAACACCAUGUGGAGUGAUGGACCAAAUGACUUGUGCAUGUGGUGAAGAAAACAAGCUUCUUGCAAUGAUUUGUCAGCCUGCUGAGGUAUUAGGGCUAGUGGAUAUUCCUAGUCACAUACAGUUUUGGGGAAUUGACUCUGGUAUACGCCACAGUAUUGAGGGUGCUGAUUAUGGAUCUGUAAGGAUAGGAGCCUUUAUGGGUCGAAAAAUUAUCACAUCUAUUGCAUCUUCUAUGAUUUCUCAAGCAUCUUCAAAUAGUAAUGGGCAUAAUAAUCAUGAGCAUGACAUUAGCCUACUUAAAACCGAAGCUUCUUUAAAUCAUUUGUGCAAUCUCACCCCACACAGAUAUGAACAUACAUAUGUUAAGAAUCUACCCGAGUCUAUAUCUGGUGAAGCCUUUUUGAAAGAAUAUAAGGAUCACAAUGAUUCAGCCACAGUUAUCAAUGCCAAACGUAUUUACCCCAUCAAACCAGCUACCACACAUCCCAUUUAUGAAAAUUUCCGUGUCAAGGCCUUCAAAGCACUACUAACAUCAUCACCUUCAGAAGACCAACUCACUGCUCUUGGAGAACUCCUGUAUCAGUGUCACUAUAGCUACAGUGGCUGUGGAUUAGGGUCAUAUGGAACAGAUAGACUCAUCCAAUUGGUUCAAGAAAUGCAACACAAUAAUAAUAAUAAUAAUAAAUCAACACAAACAGAUGGAAGCUUAUUAUAUGGGGCAAAGAUCACUGGAGGUGGAUCUGGUGGGACCAUUGGUGUUCUUGGAAAGAAUUAUCCUCAAACUAGACAGCGUAUCACUCAGAUUCAAAAGAGAUACCAAAAUGCAACAGGCUACAAGCCAUUUGUCUUUGAGGGUUCAUCACCGGGUGCAGGGAAAUUUGGUUAUUUGAAAAUUCGAAGCCGUGACGUGAGCCAGAAAAACAAAUAUAUGGAUGCAGACCGAGAUAUGAGAGUAUGA